CCUGGUCCCCGCCCCGGUCCCCGGGGGCGAGGCUGGGAGGCCCCGCCCCCCGCCCACGAGGAAGUGGCUGCGGCGAGGCGAGGGGCCCAGAGCCGGUUCGGCGCGUCGACUGCCCAGAGUCCGCGGCCGGGGCGCCCCGAGGAGCCGAGCGGCCAUGGCCUACCACAGCUUCCUGGUGGAGCCCAUCAGCUGCCACGCCUGGAACAAGGACCGCACACAGAUUGCCAUCUGCCCCAACAACCACGAGGUGCACAUCUAUGAGAAGAGCGGGGCCAAAUGGGUCAAGGUGCACGAGCUCAAGGAGCACAACGGGCAGGUGACAGGCAUCGACUGGGCCCCCGAGAGUAACCGCAUCGUGACCUGCGGCACAGACCGCAACGCCUACGUGUGGACGCUGAAGGGUCACACAUGGAAGCCCACGCUUGUCAUCCUGCGGAUCAACCGGGCCGCUCGCUGCGUGCGCUGGGCCCCCAAUGAGAACAAGUUCGCUGUGGGCAGCGGCUCCCGGGUCAUCUCCAUCUGCUACUUCGAGCAGGAAAAUGACUGGUGGGUGUGCAAACACAUCAAGAAGCCCAUUCGCUCCACCGUCCUCAGCCUCGACUGGCACCCCAACAACGUGCUCCUGGCCGCCGGCUCCUGCGACUUCAAGUGCCGGAUCUUCUCAGCCUACAUCAAGGAGGUGGAAGAGCGGCCGGCCCCCACCCCAUGGGGCUCCAAGAUGCCCUUUGGGGAGCUGAUGUUCGAGUCCAGCAGUAGCUGCGGCUGGGUGCACGGCGUCUGCUUUUCAGCCAGCGGCAGCCGCGUGGCCUGGGUCAGCCAUGACAGCACCGUGUGCCUGGCCGAUGCUGAGAAGAAGAUGGCUGUUGCGACUCUGGCCUCUGAAACGCUGCCGCUGCUGGCCCUGACCUUCAUUACAGACAACAGUCUGGUGGCAGCGGGCCACGACUGCUUCCCGGUGCUGUUUACCUACGACGGCGCCGCGGGGACGCUGAGCUUCGGGGGGCGGCUGGACGUGCCCAAGCAGAACUCGCAGCGCGGCUUGACGGCCCGCGAGCGCUUCCAGAACCUCGACAGGAAGGCGAGCUCGGAGGGCGGCGCGGCCACGGGCGCCGGUCUGGACUCGCUGCACAAGAACAGCGUCAGCCAGAUCUCGGUGCUCAGCGGGGGAAAGGCCAAGUGCUCGCAGUUCUGCACUACGGGCAUGGACGGCGGCAUGAGCAUCUGGGAUGUGAAGAGCUUGGAAUCAGCCUUGAAGGACCUCAAGAUCAAAUGACCUGCCAGGAUUAUGUGGCCCUCAUCCCAGCUGCUGGGGGAAGGGGUGAGGGAGGCUACGGUCGCUUUGCUGAAUGUUUCUAGGGUACCAGUUUGGGGCGCCACAGGAGCUGCUCCCUCAGGAGGGGAGGGGAAGGGGUGGGAAGCUUUUCUUACCUGUUGAAGGAACACGUGCCUUUUUCUUAAAGAAAUGCUUUCGUUUCUUGUAAAAAUUAUCCCCAAAGCACUCUGCUGGUCAUGAACUGCUUCAAAACUGGAGGUAAUAAAAAUGCAAUUGUAGAAAUGCU